UUUACGGCCAACACUGUAUGGAAGAACAUCAAUCACUAUCACCUCUAAGCGAAGAGGAGUCUCCUUGGUCAGAAAGAACGUGGUCUCUUCAAAUAGGGGAACCAACUGAGUUGAUUAAUGUUCAAAAAUUCCUGGAUUCUUUCAGUUCGGAGCUUGGACACGAAGAAGAGAGUAUACGAUGUGAGUCUAGAUUGUCAGAAAAACUUAGCAAGAAACAACUUAAGGAAAUCAGAGAAAAAUGCAGUGUGAAAGAAUAUUUCAAACUCUCCAGUCAAUUCUUUGUUGAUCCAACCAUGUUUUGUCUCCUUCGUCAAUAUCACGCACUUGGUGAUGAAGUGAUAAAUGGUGAGAAACGAUCAACAUCUAUAUCACUUCCUCCUGAAAUGAUGAAUAAGAGAACAGCUAAAGGCAAAGAUAAGGUGACGUCUCAUGAGGUUCAUACUUCGAACAUCGUGUCAUACCAAAAGUCACAUGAUCAUGAUCCAGCCAAAAUAAGACCGGAGCCAUCAGCAACGGAAAUUAAAUUUUUGGAAAUGGCUAAGGAGUUGGAUAGUUCUCCUCUGUCAAGUUUAAGGGAUAUCAAUAGAUCCAAAAAUUCGCAUAUGAAGCGUGCGGAUUUGAAUUAUUUGUCUUCCGUAAAAUUCUCUAAACCGAACAAGCCAAACGAAACUCAAGACUUUGAAAAUAAGCCUGAAGUCAUCCUCUCGGUUGCAUUUUACAAUCAGAGUAAAAAUUCCACUCGCACGCAAGAAUUUUUGGUUUUGGGAAGUCAGCCAUUAACUGCUCUUAGAGAUGCAUUUUAUUGUCUUCGAGAUUUUUACAAACUUGAACCAUGGGAACAACCAAAACCUACUACUAUAUUAAAUGAAACAAACCAAAAAAUGUCUCCAAGUUACUUUUUUAUCGAAAAUGUAUUUUAUAACGAUUUCAGGGAUCCGAGAGCUGUUGAUUAUAGCAGAAACAUCAUAGAAUGGGUUAAAGAAAAAGAUAGAUAUAGACAACCUGGACUUGGUCUUUACCGUAGCAAGAUAAUGGAAGAUGUGAUGUUCAAUGAAUUAUCAAUAAAACUAAACCAACCGUAUUUGUUUGUACAUCAGGGGAAUUGUCAACACGCCGUAGUUUUUAGAGACUUGAGGUUAAAGCAAGCAUAUGACGAUCCAGAUCCUGCUGCUUAUCCAAAAGCUAUAUUCAGAGGCAAAAUAGGUCGACAUAAAUGCCGUAUGUGCAUGCAACGACCUGCUAUCCUUGUGACUGUUAACGAUUUUUUAUCUGGCGAAUCGCCGGCUUACUUUUGUGAUCCUUGUUAUUACCAAUUUCAUUAUAAUGCAAAUCAAGAUUUAUUAUACGACAAUUUCCAGUUAUCUGAAUUAAAAGGUAUUCCAUUAUGCACACGAAUAAGCAUUUCACGCUGA